AUGCGUGCUCACGAUGCUAUGCAGAGCGAGGAAGCCAAUGAUGCUGCUUGGGAGGCUGCCAGAGGAGGUGUUGCAGGUGCAGUCAAGUGGGGAAUAGGUGCCGCAGUGUUGGGUGCUGCCGGGUAUAUCUGGUCGCCGUUGUAUCGAUCCAUGACGAUUCAAUUCAAAGUGUAUUUACAAAUGUGUGGCAUGGUACCUGGAGCCAUGAUCGAGGCAGACUCACGGCUCAGAGCAUACGAGCACCGAGUGAGAAUGCAGCGGCGGUUGAUGGGAGACAGGGCUAAAUGGGAACGGUAUGAGGAAGAAUUCAUCAAAGGUGAUGGCAAGUGA